CUUGAUUUCCAAAUGGUCUCCUGGGGUCGUACACCGGCUCCCGUAUAUCGGCAUUCUAGCUCUCGUUGGGUGUAUUGCAUGUAUAGCCGCGUCUGUAGCUUCAAACGGCCAGCCAAUUGGCCUGUUUCCCCGAUUGUAUAUAUGGCGCUGCUCACGACGGCUCUAAACAUCCUUGCACUAGUGGCGGUUGGCGAGGGCGUCAAGAUGGCUUGGUGGAAUGCUGCAAUUCGUGGCACUACGGUGUUUAGUCUCCAUGACAAUUGGGCGAUGCCCCAUCGUAGCUUCAACAUCAUCUCGCUAGCAAAGCUUGCUGUGACGCUUAUCGCAAUCGAUCAGCCGCUUAUUCAACGAGCGUCAUCCGUCGUCUCUCAGCAUCCGAGCCUAGCAGUCUCUGUAAUUGCUCCAAUAGCACAAGAGAUCCCAUUUGGCUACACAGAUUAGUACGGGUCAGUCGCGGACCAAGAAUCUACCAGCAUGAGCUUCCCGGUGCUCCAGGCAUUUAAUCCAUAUAAUUAAAAGAGUACAGUCACUAAUAUCUUUACCGGGUGCGCUGAUACAUGUACAAGUGUCGUGCAGGCAGGCGGAUUUGUGGCCAAUUGCUCGACUUCCGAUUUUUUAAUAAACCCUGGCUCAAUCAUACCAACAGCCACCCCCAAUGACAAGACACUGUUGCCAAUCAAUGCCUCAUGGGACGUACCUUUUGCUUCUCAGAGUAACACGCC